AGUGAAGUAACUAGUUACCUGCUAUUACUUGCUUACGUCUUGUCUGGUCUUGUAUAUUCAACCACGCUUCGGUCCCGGCCAACUUGUCUCCGUCUCUGUUCCUCCUUCCAUUUGUUUCCCGCGCCGUUUCCCCUUCCCUCCUGGGAAGGCGAUCAAGAUUUUUGCGCAGUUUUUCAACCGGAGUCCCAAGCAACUCCAGCGUCGCUCCUUUCCAGCCUUGCCGCCGACUCCUCCUUCUCCCCAUGGUCCAAGGCCCAGGUUAUCUUUAGGCGACCGUCCUCGUUCAAUAUCGGCCGAUUUAGACAAACUCAGGAUGGCCUUUAGCAUUGUGCCCUCGAACCCUGCGGGGGGGAUCCCAGCGGAAUUGGGAGCUGAGCUUCCAGACGUCUGUGCCGAGGAAGUUGGUUUUAAAGGCGUUUCCGGCGACAGUAACGUCCAACUCCUUCCGACCCCCUGGCCGACUGAUGCCCUUCCAGCCCCAACUUGCACCUUGCUCGCUGUCGCGGCCACCAAAGGUAUAGUUGUGGGAGCUGGACCAAAUUCCCUAUCAAUUGCCUCCUCCGAGUCAGUCAGAGCCGCAAUAUCAUCAUCUGCCGGAGAGGAACAGGUGAAGACAAAGCCGUUCCAGCCCCAAGCAACGAUAUCCCUUCCUGCCCGACCCACACACAUAGCCUUCGCGUCUGGAGACACUGCCUUGGUGCUGGCUACAGAGAACGGGCCACAACUGUCCGUCUUCCAGACAACCGCUCUAUUACAGCCAAACGCGCAACCGGCCUUGUCUAUCCCUACGAAUGGCGCUACUUUCCGAGCUGUCGCUCCAAACCCCGCGCCAGCUGAGGAUUCUCACUCUUCUUCCCUUGUCGCUCUUGUUACUACAGGGGGGGAAUUGCUCAUUGCGGACCUCAAGGCGGGAAGCCUCGUGUCGGGACCGAAUGGGAAUAUCUUGAAAACUGGGGUUAGCUCUGUUUGUUGGAGUAAUAAGGGCAAACAACUUGUAGCCGGUUUGGUGGAUGGAACAGCCUACCAGAUGGCGCCAGAUGGUGUACAAAAGGACCUUAUCCCUUGCCCUUCCGAUCUUGAAGAGCCCUGUCAUGUUUCUUCUAUCGCUUGGCUAGAAAACGACAUCUUUCUGACAGUUUAUACUCCGAACGCCGCUGAAGAUGAUAUGGGAAAUACGCCUCCAUCAUCCUAUUAUAUCAUAACCCGAAGAAAGCAGGCCCCCUUCUUGAUCCAGAAGCUGCCAGAGCUCGCUGCGCCCUGGGGCUUCAAACGUGCCCCUGCUUACCAAUUCAUUGCACGCCUCAGAGAUUACAAACCUCAUCUGAAAGAUGCGUUGAUAAUUUCAUCUACCGCUUCCGCCGACGUGGGACUAAUCACAAGGUCGGACCAACCGCUGGCAAGUGACGAUGGUGCUGCAGCCGCUGUUGGACUCUUCGUUACAACUGAAGUUAAUGAUGAUACUAAAAAGGCUAGCAUUCCUUUGAUGGACUCAGGUGAUGAGACCUCAGUGAUAGGUUUAGGAAUCGACUUGUCUAGCUCGGAGCUUGUGAUGUCUCCGAUUCAAGGCGAAGAUAUUCCUGAGAGCUCGACCCCCUUACCUAACCUUUUCCUCCUGAACCACGAAGGCAUUCUCUCGUCUUGGUGGUUCAUAUACUCGGAGUCCAUCCGUCAGAAAACACCAUAUUCCGGCCUAGCCUCAGUGGCAUCGCAGCAGCAGCAGCAGCCAGCACCCCAGCCUCAGCUCCAGCCAGUGCAACAACAGCCUGCCGCCCUACCAACUUUUGGACAAUCAGGUUUCGGUAGCUCGACCGGCUUGGGUGCACCGAGUUUCGGGUCUUCAGGGGUUGGCAGGCCAUCUGCUGCGCCGGCAUUUGGAUCUCCAUCAUCCUUGGGUAGCACUCAAACCCCAGGGUUUGGGAAGCCCUCGUUUGGUGCCCCGGCCUUUGGAGCUCCUUCUCAAAUAGGGCCAUCAUUUGGAUCGUCUAGCGCCUUGGGUCAAGGAGGGUCGCCGUUUGGCAAGACUGCCUUUGGACAACCUUCGACCACUGGAAAAGGACUCGCAAAUCCAUUUGGAACGGCUGGACAGACCUCAGGGGGCGGUUUUGGUUCAUUCGCAAGCACUGGUGGGUUUGCCGGUCUAGCGGCUUCUAAACCGUCGGGGGAAUCACCAUUCAGCAAGGUUACUGGUGGAAGUCCCUUCUCGAAGCCCUCGGAGCCCUCGGUUUUUGGUAGUCAAUCCGCCACUCAGUCUGCAUUUGGUACUCAACAGACGACCGAGACAAAGAGUCCCUUUGGACUGGGUAGUGGUGGCUUUGUUCUUGGGUCUACCUUCAAGGGUGAUGGGACUGCUGUCAAUGAUGGCCCCAAACCCGAGAAAUCUUCAGGCUUAUUCUCUCUUGGAGCACUGGAUGAGAUGGUGUCUACUCCGGACAAAGAAAGCCCGCCAACAGAAGCUAUGGAUGACAUGGAUGACUCGUCUGCUCCUCAGCAAAAUACACCGGAGCCAAAGGCACAAGCACCGUCCUUAUUCGGUGUUCCCUCCAAGCCAGCACCCUCUGGGUCGUCUUCAUUAUUCGGCUCUUUCGGUUCGCAGGCACAAGCUCCUCAACCUUUCAGUUCCGCCCCAUCGAGCAAGUCGCCUUUCUCAAUCUUGGGGAAUGCUGCUGCUGAGAAACAGACACUAAGCCCUCCAUCUCCUCCUUCCGAGAAAACGGCCGUCGCCAGCCCACCUCUAACCCAGGCAAAGCUACCAGAGCCUGAAACUACUCCCGCCAUUUCCCUGCCAGAACCACCCUUGCCUCCCGAUUCUACAAGCAAGACUGUGUAUGGGCCUGGCGACACCUCUGCUUCCUCCAAUGUCUCUAAAUGCUCAGUAGAAGACGCACCUCUACCACCGGAUUUCGAGACUGCACCGAAAUUUUCGGAAUCUGACAGCGAGCCACCCCUCCCACCAGAUUUUACGACUGCUCCAGCGGCUGGAGGCGAACCGCCUCUACCACCAGAUUUUACGACCGCCCCAAAACUAUCAGGGGCCGACAGCGAACCUCCUUUACCCCCAGAUUUCACGUCAAAGCCCAAAGAGAAAUUGAAGCCAGCCGAAGAGGCACCGUUGCCUCCAGAUUUUAUGACACAGAAGCCCAGCACUUUAACCAAAGGAGCUCCCCCUGUUCCCGACGGCUCAGAUGCGGAUGAAUCCGAGAAGGGUUUCAAUGAGGAGGAGGAAGAGGAGGAAGAGGAGGAAGAGGAGGAGGAGUCAGAUUUCGAGGAUAGUGGUGAAGACAUUACACAUGACCUUGGCGAGCCAGAAUCCGACGGACCUAGCCCAGAGACCUCUUUUGGUGCCGAAAUUUCCGAUAAAAGUUCUGCUGGCGGCCUGUUUGAUCGAAUUUCCCAGCCGAACCAACCGGGGCGACAGCAGCCACGGCAGUUGUUUGGAGAAAUCAGCAAACCAUUCUUCCCUCAGGCAGUUCAAACCCGUGAGCCGCCAAGGUCGCCCAGCCCUGUCCGACCUCUCCGCGCACAGCAGAAUGUUCUCAAGCAAGAGAGCUACACAUCAGUUAGCACCCCUCAUAAACCAGGGAGCGCACUUGCAGCCCGGAAAGCGUCUCUGUCUGAGAUUGCUAAACGUGACGGUCCGCUAAGACCUGAGCCCAUCCAUGCUGUGCAGCGUCCACGACCCCAGCCUAUUGUUCAGACGCAAGAUGAGACCUUGUCCGAUGACGAAGAUGAGCGACUUCGUGCGGAUCUUAGUCGGUCUUUGGAGCCUGUGCCUACUCUUGAUCCUUUCUUACCUCAUCAGGAUUAUACAGGUCAGGCCACAAAGCCGGGUAUUCCAGGUCAAAUCGAACGGCUAUACCGUGAUAUCAACUCGAUGGUGGAUACUUUGGGCAUUAAUUCUCGCUCUUUGGCCUCCUUCCUCCUGUACCAACAAGGAUCAGCGAACCCUAAUUGGAUGAGCCUUCUCCAGAGUGAUCACCCUGCUGAUAUCCUGGACGAGAAGCUACUUCUACGAGAAAUUGAGGAGUUAGGUCAUGCCGUCACUCUCCUUGUAGGUUCUCUCGAGGAACAACGUGUGCAAGGGGUCGAAGAAAAGCUCGAGAAAUGCCGAGAGCUACUGAGUAAGGAUAUUCUUACGCUGCGCAGUCAGUGUGCCAGUAUCCGGAAAACCCUCGACGCCCACACUGAUGCGGCUGCCAUUGUCUCUGCUCGUCUCUCUGCGGAGCAAGCAAAUCUUCAGCAAGAUCUUCGGUCAUUAUCGGCGGAAAUCCAAGGGAGACUGGCCGAUUUGGAGUCUGCAGUAUCUCUUCUGCGCGCUAAGAUCGCAGAUGCUCCCCGUGCGGAUGGGUCGCGCCAGUCGACGAAACGCCCAACCGUUGAGGCUGUCACGUCCACCAUUGCGACUAUGAUGAAUAUGGUGGAAAGCAAGAGCAGUGAUAUCGAUGUCCUGGAGGUUCAGCUGAAGAAGCUAGGCAUUGAUACUUCGGCGUCCCCCGUUAGCCGGGAGGGAUCCCCAUUUACUACCCCGAGGAAAGGCCUGGGCAAGCUUCCUAGCACCCCUGGAUCUUGUGGGUCCGUGGAUGUACCUGUCAGCUCAUAUCAUACACCAGACUCCUCUGCUCGAGGCCUCAACUUCCGAGCGAGCAUCAAUGGGUCAGCUAAAGUGAGCCGGCUCCGUACCGUGGAAAAUAUGAGUGGCUUGGAGGGCAAGUCAUGGAGUACUCAAUGGAUGGCCAAGAUGCAGCGCAAGCAGCACAUAGUAGAAAGUUUGAAAAAGGCAAUUGGGGAGAAGCAAUCGAAAGUGAGAAGCAUGGAUGACUUGUAGGAUUAUGUGGUUUUACGGGCCUUUUUGCCUUUAGCAUAUUUACUCUGUUUAUUUUGUGCUAUGAAUGAUAAAAAAAACCAACGAGUCACGGCAUGGAGCAACUAGUUUUUUUUUGGGGGGGG